AAUGAAUUGGUAAUGCAUCGUGCGUGGGUUUUAUUUUUGGCGGCGUCUUGUGAUUUUUUUUGUGUAAAUUGUUAAUUUUAAGUGUCCUCCAUGAUGGAUUCUCAAGAAAUAUCCUCUCCGGAGUCAAUCAUUGAAAGUACUCCGGAGGAUGCUAAAGAAAUCAAAGCCAUUGACAGGAUAUCUGUGCAUAAAAUUUGUUCAGGCCAGGUAAUCCUUGGCCUUGGUUCGGCUGUAAAGGAACUCGUGGAGAAUGCCCUGGAUGCCCAGGCAACACUGAUUGAGGUUAAAUUGAAGGAUCACGGCUUGGAAUCCGUGGAAGUGUCUGACAAUGGGAUUGGGGUGGAAAAGGACAAUUUCAAGGGAUUGACUGCAAAGUAUCACACGUCCAAAAUUCGAGAUUUUAGAGAUUUGGAACAAGUGGCGACUUUUGGCUUUCGAGGAGAGGCUUUGAGCUCCCUGUGUGCCCUCUCGGACAUGGUUAUCACCACCAGGCACAAAUCUGCUGGGUGUGGCACACGAAUUGAGUUUGACUACCGCGGAGACAUUAAAGGAGAACUUCCGUGUGCCCGACAGGUGGGUACAACGGUGCAGCUGAAGAAUCUCUUUGGUUCCCUCCCCGUGCGCAAGGCUGAAUUCCGUCGGAAUGCAAAGAAGGAAUUCACGAAAAUGUGCACAAUCCUGCAGAGUUACUGCCUCUCUGCGACUGGAGUGAGGAUUCUCUGCACAAACACCACGCCGAAGGGCACGAAAACGACCAUUUUUCACACUGAGGGCGGAAGGGACGUCCUGGAGAAUAUCAGGAAUGUUUUCGGGGCGAAACAAGUGACGGAUUUAGUGAGAAUCAAGCCAGCACUCGAGAGGGAUGAUCAAUUCACGCAGGAAACGUUCCUGGAGUUGGAUUUGGAGGAAGUUCGCACGGAAGAUCUGGAGAAACUCAAUGUGAUGCAAUUCUCAAUCAAUGGAUGGAUCUCAAGCUGUUCCCAUGGAGCAGGGAGAUCAUCCCGUGAUCGUCAAUUCAUCUACAUCAACUCCCGGCCGUGUGAAAUGAAGAAAAUCCUCCAGACCAUCAAUGACGUCUACCACAAGUACAACAUCCAUCAAAAUCCCUUUGUUUACCUCGAUAUCCGGAUGGAGAAUUCCCGGGUGGAUGUGAAUGUGACUCCCGACAAGCGACAGCUGUUCAUUGCCAAUGAAAACAUCCUCUUGUUGGCAAUAAAAAUCUCCCUCAUGAGAACCUUCAAUGAAUGCGCCUCAAACUACCGGAUUGAGAAGCCACAGAAAUCCAUCAAACUCCCGGAAAAGCCAUCAAAGGAAGUUGACGCAUUCCCCUCGAGUCAGGAGAAGUUCUCCCAGAAGCUGUCUCAGUGGAAGGCAACCGGGAAGACGGAUGAAAAGUGGAGUGGGCAGAAAAUGAAGCGGAAGGUGGAAGAUGAGAUCACAGCCAGGAGGAAUAAAAUGCAAAAAAUCCAAGCAAUCCUCGAGAGUCCCGAACGGGUGACCAAAACGAGGAUUUCAUGUGGAAGCACCUCAAAGAGAGAUAUUUCCUUUGAAGUCAUUACUCCGGAACACAGAAAAACUCCUCAAUUCCCUUCAGAAUGUUCUGAGAAGAAGAUUCCCGAAGAAAGGAAAUUUCCUGAAAGAAAAUCCCCAGAGUUGCUACUUGAUGCCCCAGAGAAGCCUCUGAUUACUCCUAGACAGCUUCCCGGCAGCAGCAAACAACCCCAACCGAAGAAAGAACCAGAAGUGAAACUUCCGGAAAUUCUGGAUGAUGAUGUGAUUGACGUGAACUCUGUGGUUAAUUCCUACUCUUCCCGGGCUAAAAUUCGCCAAAUGGUGCAAAAGCUCCGAGUCUCUGUGGCGGAAAUUCGUGAGAAAUCCCAACAGGAAGGAAAAGCAAAGCAGGAAGCAGCGGGGAAGCUUCCUUCCAUGAAGCGCCUGCGGUUCAAGGCAAAACUCAAUCCGGGCAUUAAUGAUGCCGCCGAAGAGGAGCUAAGUCGCGAAAUUGACAAAACAUCCUUCGCGCGGAUGAAGGUUAUCGGGCAGUUUAACUUAUCCUUCAUCAUUGCUCGCCUGGACAGUGAUCUCUUCAUCAUUGAUCAGCACGCAACGGAUGAGAAGUACAACUUUGAGCAACUUCAGGCAACGGAAAAGAUUCAAUCGCAACCCUUGGUUAUUCCGCAAUCCCUGGAAUUGAGUGCAGUGAAGGAGCUGCAGCUGAUGGACAAUAUGGAGGUGUUCCAGCGCAAUGGAUUCCACUUCAGUGUGGAUCCGGAGGCGCCCAUGACGCGACGUAUUAAACUUGUGCAGAAACCUCAGAGUAGGAAUUGGGAUUUUGGCCUGGAGGACAUUGAGGAGCUUCUGUUUAUGCUUCAGGAUGCCCCGGCGGGGAUCACGUGUCGCCCAUCGCGUGUUCGUGCCAUGUUCGCAUCGAGAGCCUGCCGGAAGUCCGUGAUGUUCGGCAUGGCGCUCAAAAGGAGCGACAUGAGGCGCCUCCUGGAUCACAUGGGAGAGAUUAAGCAUCCCUGGCAUUGUCCCCACGGUCGACCAACCAUGAGGCACCUUCUCAAUCUCAGCAUGGUCAGAGAUUGACUUCCUCUCACCCCCAUUGGUGUCCAGCAUGCUUUCCGGAAAGAAAUUCAGCACCGUGAUGGUCGUAAAAAGUUCAAAUUGUUUUGUUUUUUAAAUAAAAAGUCAAAAAGAAAA